AUGCGCCCCGUUAUCGGAGGAGCCGUCCUGAGCCUCCUGCUGAUGAUCAAGUCUAUCCCUGCGCCUGGGAAGGAGAUCCUAACAGGGGAAGGGCCUGAGCUUCCAAGCUCCAGGGAAUCUGUGGGGCCCAAUCCCCCAGAAGAGGACGAAGUCCUGGGCACGUCGGACUUUGCAGACCCCAGGAUGAUGGUGGAGGCCCUAUAUCCCACGGACGCAGACUGGGGCGGGCCCUUAGGUCUGUGGCCCCACAGGGCUAGCUUUCGGCCGAGGCCCCACGGAGACCCCCAGGGGCCUGUUUGUAGGGUCAAGGUGCGCCGGGGUGGCGAAUUGAGCCGCCGUCCUCUGGAGGUUGUGGGUCUCCUCACCAGCUACGACAGCAGGUUCCUGAAGGCGCUGAGUGGGUCCAUCUGGAGCGAGGAGGAUAUGGAGGUGUUUGGGGUCUGCCCCACAGAUGUGUCCCGGGGUGUCCUGGCCUCUCUGCAGCGGGUUGGCGCUCACCUGGAUGACCCGGGGGAAAACCGGCUUCUGUGGCUACACCUGGAAGAAGGUAGGAGUCCAUUUGCGUGAGAGCUCUUAAUUGGUGAGCACCAAUUUGUUUCCACGCUUCAGAUCAUCAGGAAAGGGAUUGCAAACAAAACUGCCAGGGUCACGAGGCCGUUCUGCAAAUUGACGGUGCGGCCGCCUUUGGAAGGUGGUGAAUGGUUCUGGGUGCCUCGCCUCAAAAGGGAGUUGGAAAAGGUUCAGAAGCGGGCAGCCCAAAUGGCCAAGGGGAUGUAGCAAGUUUCCUAGGAUCCGCGUUUGGGGCUUUUUUGUUUAGAGGAAGAGACAACAUGAUAGAUAAAACGAUCCAUGACGUUGAAAAAGUGGGAUGUUGAAAAGUUUCCCUCCCGAAUGCUAGAACUCACGGGAAUCCCAGUGAAACUGAAGAUUCAGGGCAGGUUUCCUAGCUGGCUUUGAAAGGGAUUUGGACAAGUUUGGGGUGUUAUAGAUGGCUAGUAGCCAUGCUGCUUUGCUCUUCCUCUAUGACGGGAGGCAGCAGUGUUUCUGAAUAUCAUAGAACCAUAGAAUCGUUGGAAGGGACCCAAGGGUCAUCUAGUCCAACCCCCUGCAAUGCUGGAAUAUCGGUUGCUGCAAACGACAGGAGGGGAGAGUGUUGCUCUGAUGCUUGAACCCAGUUUCCCAGAAGAGGCAUCAGACUGGCCACUGUGAUGCUGAACCAGCAGCCAGGCUCUUAUGUUUCUAUGGAACCUCCCAGUCCAGAGGCAGUCUAUCGCGAUUCCUAGCUUCUUAGGGGUAUUUGGCUGCCGCGGAACAGGAUGCUGGACUAGCUAGGCCAUUGGCCUCAUCCUGCCACUGUGCUCUUCUUAUUUGGCCUUGUAGGUGUGGGUUAUAAGCAGGAGCUCUUAGCACCCUGGCGUCAAGAUAACUUCCAGAUUUUGGGGGACUUCCCUGCCUUUUUUCUGGCCCACGUAGGACCAGUCUGGAUAGUUAGCCUUGGUGAAGACUUGACGUUUUCAUCCCCCAAAAAGUUUUUGAUUUGAGUUUCUCCUGAAAUGAGGCUGCAUUUUAAUGUUGUAUUUUAAUCUUGUUUUUUAAGUUGUAUUUCCAUCAAUUGUUUUUAUACCUGGUGUUAGCUGCCGGGAUUGGUGGCACCACCUCUGAUCCCUGCCAGUGCUCUGCCCCUAUGCAAAGUUUCCAGGCUGUAUCCAAGGGCAGCCCCAUUCCCGAGUGUGUUGCAGUAGUCUAGCUUGGGUUCAACUAGGUCACUCAGGCAAGGCCUGAUCUCUAUCUCUCCAGGUAGCGCCACUGCUGGCUGGUGCCCAUUGGGGACUGGCGGGGCGGGAAGCAGGGACCCCAAAAAGUAGGCAGAGCCAGAGCCAAUGAGAGACUGCGCUAGAUUAUUCUAGUCUAGCCCCCCCGCCCCGCUGGUUCCUGCUGGAUCUAGUUAACGAAAUUUUUUGAUUUCUAGUAUAUGCAAAGAGUAAAUAGUAAUCUAUGCAGCCAAAACAGAACCCCCCAAUGCACAAGGGGGAAAGUGUUGGCAGGCUUGGGAUGAACCCCAAAUAUUGCAGAAACCCCUCAAAUUUAGUGCUCCAGGAAGCUUGCACCCCGCAAUGUCUUCUGUAGGCUGAGGAUGCAGACUGGAAACCCCAAUGUGUGUUGGGGGCGGGGAAUGGAGGAGGACGAGGAGGAGAGGGGGGUGGGAUGGCAUAUUGUGAGAAAGGGCUUGGCUGCUGGGUUUGGGGUGGCCUGGCUGAGAAGCCCCACACACCCCACACUUUCUUACAGGUCUCAUCCUAUCUCCUUCUCUCAGGGCCAGCAGUGGGAAUUUGAUGGGAGAAGAAUAGAAUCUAUUCAGUUCCCCAAAAAGAACAGAAUAUAUUGAAGAACAGGGGAUACCGGGCAGAAAGUGCUCCGUGCACUGCAACCUUUUAUUGCAGUACUCACAGUGUCUUCCUCGCUCUCUCUCUGCCUCUGUUCAGGACCAACGGUGGCAAUUUCGCCAGAAAAACGCACAACAACUUGCCAUAAUGCAAAGAGCCAAAUAAGUCGGCCCGCUACAACGCAUGCUGCCUGGUUCUUCAGGUGUGCGGUACUUCUCGGCUGGAGCUUAGUCUCAGGAUGGCAUCAGGGUUUGACUUGGGUGUUAGGUGGUUGGGUGCACUGCCAAGGCAGUGUGAAUAGCAUUGCCUGUUGCUUUUUUAAAAUGCAGGCAGGCAGGCAAGCAAGCAAGGUUUUGUUACUAUUUCGUUUUAUAAUCUAUAUGAAGUGGAGAGAACCAUUAGUUUCUGGAGGUGAAAUCUCAAAGGGUACUUUCACUGUAUAUGUAUACGAAAGGAAUGCAAAAUCAUAUUAAAAGUGUCUGGAGGCGCUAGUCCUCAUUGAGAUCUCAAAUGAUGCCUGGUUUUCCCAUAACGCAGAGCGAGCGAUACCAAGUGUAAGAUUUUUGGCUGUCCCCCCCUGGAGCGGCGUUUACUAUUUAAGCUGGAGUUUGGCCCACCAGCAAUGGCGGGAGUGAGGCUGGGGUCUCCCUUGUCCCAGGCUGAAGAAGCAGGUCCCUGUCUGAUUCUCCGGUUUCCUUCUUGCAGUGAAAUGGGAGGCGGAAACGAAACUCCUCUUCCAGCUGGCCUUCCACGAAGAGGAUGUCGGGGGCUCUCUUAGGUCCCUGCAACUGGCCCUGCUGAUAUUUUACCAAGGCGGAAAGGAAUCGGGGGGCGUCGGGACCCCGGAGAAAUUCCUGGUGGGAGGGGAAGGUCUCCAUCCUAAACAGGUAUGCAAACGGGGAUGGGGGGGCGGCCAUCGUUGGAAAGAUGAUUAUCAUCAUCAUCAAUUUUUAUUACGGUCCAGAGACCCAACAAAUCAUUACAAAGCAAUACACAAUUCAUACAGCCUACCUCCAGGUUAAGCAAGCAUAUUGUUCAGAAUACAGACAUCAUUUGUUCUUGCAACCACUGAUAAAAACUUGGCCACUGCUAAUGUUCUAGCGUUUGUCCGCUCUUCCAAUAGGAACCUGACAUACUGUGCCUCUGAUUUUCCUGGGAAAGGUACCAGCAAGGGUAGUAUCAGAUCAGCCCUGGCUUGCUCAUAUUUUGCACAGUGCAGCAAAAUAUGUUUUAUGGAAUCGAUGUCUUGAGCACACGAGCAAAGUCUGUCCUGGUAGGGAACUCCUCUCAACCUGCCAUCCAACUAUAAGAUGAUGAUGAUUAUUAUUUUUUUUAAUGAUUUUUAUUAAAGUUUGAAUAAAAAGUUAAACAGAAAACAUAAAAAAGAAAUACACAAAUACACAGUACAUAAUCCAAAAAAAGAAGAAAAACACAGAGAACAGAAAACAAAAAAAAGAAACAGAACAAUUAAAAACAAUAUCGCCUUUUCAUUUCCGUUUUUAAAAUUACUUAUUUUCUGGACCUCCUCAUACCUCCCUCUUUUGUAUCCCAGUCCAAAUUGUUUAUCCAGCAAUUUCUUUUCCACUUUUUAAAUCCCAAUCUUUAAUCUUAAUAUAAUAUAGCAUUAAAAUUUUACCUCUUAAGUACCAAAUUCCCAUUUCCUUCAACUUCUUUAAUCCUAAUCUUUAAUCUUAAUGUAAUAUCUAUCUAUAACUUUAUCCUGUACAGCUGGAAACCACUUAUUUUCAAUCCAUCAUCACUCUAACAUUCUUUAAUUUUGCAGUGUUUCUGUAGAUAAUCUUUGAAUUUCUUCCAAUCUUCCUCCACCGACUCUUCUCCCUGGUCACGGAUUCUGCCAGUCAUUUCCGCCAGUUCCAUAUAGUCCAUCAGUUUCAUCUGCCAUUCCUCCAGCGUGGGAAGUUCUUGUGUCUUCCAAUACUUUGCGAUGAGUAUUCUUGCUGCUGUUGUUGCAUACAUAAAGAAAGUUCUAUCCUUUUUUAACACCAUUUGGCCGACUAUGCCCAGGAGAAAGGCCUCUGGUUUCUUGGGAAAGGUACGACUAUAAGAUGAUUAUUUCAUUCAUGGCUCUGGACGCCCCUCUUUUCCUUCGGGUGAGACGUGCAGAGCUCCCCUUGCACUUUAUCCUCGCACAACAAUCCUGUGAAGUAGGCGAGGCGCAAGGUCACCAGGUGGGCAUCAUUGGGAUUUGAACCCAAGGGUCUUCCUAGUCCUAAAGCAACAUGCCCAUUUCAUGGACAGAGAUAGUCCGUCAGCUGCCAUUUAUUUUUUUAAAAUAAUUUUUAUUGAAUGAUUUUAUAUUACAAAAAACAAUACAACCAUACUACCACUAAAUAUAAUUAAGAAAUAAAAAUUACAUACAUCAAUAUUUAGUUUAUUUGUUAUUUACCAUCUUAUUUCCUCCCAAACAUUCCAUACAAAGACACACAUAUGUGCAGACACCCACACACCCACACACAAAAUGAUAAUAAUGAAAGUACCGGUAAAUAUUUUUCCCCUUUUAUCUUCCAAAAUCUUUUCUUCAACUUUGACUUCCUGUCACGUCCCUUUGCAUAUAUUUUAUCUUACAAUCGAAUGUACACAAAACAAUAGACUUUGCUCUGGUGGAAUGAAUACGCCAGAUACGAUAUAGCGUAUAAUUUUGGAAUUCCCUCUUUUCGACACUCUUAGGAGAGACCUACUGGCGACUCUCUUGAAGCUUAAAGUAUCUACUUGCAAAGAAUUUGGAAUCCAAUAUCCGUUGUGGGAUGAUAUACCCAGAUCUACUGAGAUUGUUUCAGGAUAUUCAGCCGAGAUUUUUAAAGUCAAAUUUGAAACUACUAAAUUUUACUGAAUGGUGGCUACUGAUUCUUUUAUACGUUUCACGUGUUUAACAGACCUUGAUCACCAAUAUUUUAUGCAUGUUUUCCUCCCUCUCUCGUAUGAUUUUAUUGUCUGAAUUGUGCCAAUAAAAGCUGAGUGAAUGAAUGAAAUAGAGCCUCCAUGUCCAGGACCACGCUACCAGAGAGCAUAAAAGCUGACCUAAAGAGAUUCCUGGGCCCUGUUUUUCCUAAACUGAUACUUUAAGAAACAUAAACGAGGGCAAUGUUUUGACUCUCAGUUAUUAUUGUUGUUAUUUCGUUGCUCUGCAAGCACAGCCCUGCGGAAAUCCAACUGGUAAGGCCUUUCCCUGCCAUCCGCAGCCUUGCCCAAACUUAGGUCUCCAGCUGUUUUGGGACUACGAGUCCCAUCAUCCUUGACUGCUGGUCCUGCUAGCUAGGGACGAUGGGAGUUGUAGUCCCAAUACAGCUGGAGACCCAAGUUUCAGCAACGCUGCGGAUGGCAGGGGAAGCCAUUGGCAGAGAGACAUCACCCGUUGAACUUCUGCCUAGCGGAGGCAAUGCUUAAUGCGUGGGGUGCUGCUGCCUUUAGCCAUUUUUGCAAAUAUUGGAUGCUGUCCUAUUUUCACCCCGCAGGUCGUCUGUCUCUCCAGCAGAACCCAGUACCUCGUCCUUCAGGGGUCGGCGAUGUCAGGCAGACAUUCACUGGGGCAGCUCAGCUUUGAAGUUUCCUUGGCAAUCAGGCGCCAGAACAGCAACGGUAGGACCCCUAUUGCAUGAAAUGGAACAGAAACAAACCUUUGACACGCAAGCCAAGCAUUGCGGGGUGAGCUUUCAUUCUGAGCACCACUCAGGAUUGCACUUUCCAUAACAUGCAAGUACAUGCAAAAUAAAUUCCCUUCCCAAUAUGUAAUUUUACUGAAUUUCCACAUUUUUCCAAAUUAACUUCAAAUUCAAUAGAUAUUUAAUGUAUUGGCUUUUCACUUCCAGCUCCAUUGUGUUUUUGUUUUGCAUUAUAUAUCCAACUGUUAUAUAUUACAAAAACCCCUGUAAUGCAAUUACUUUAUCAUUUUGAAUUUUACUGUUAUUCAUGCUUUUAUACUGUAUUUUAUGCUGCUUUUACAAUUAAGUGUUUUAAAUUUGUCGUUAGCCACCCUGAGCCCGGUUUUUGAACCAGGAAGGGCGGGGUACUAUUAUUAUUAUUAUUAUUAUUAUUAUUAUUAUUUUCCUUCCAAUGCUCCUCUCUCGGAUCCUGCCUGCGGUUUCACUUGUUUGUAGUGCUUUUCCAAAUAGCCCAGAAAAGGCCUCCAUUCUUGCAUAAAAAGUUCAUCAAAAUAAAGCCUUUAAAAUGCAUAACAUGCUUUGACAUCAUCUGCACCUGAGAGCACUAAGGCCCAAUCCUCACCACGUUGCCAUCCUUACACGGGAGUAAAGCCUCUGUCGACCUUACAUGGGGCUUAGAAGAGGAGUUCAGGGAUAUGUUUAUUUUUUUUAAAUAACUUUAUAAAUAGUUUUGUGCCUUUGCUUCCCAAUUUUCAUUGCACCGUGGAUUUUAUUGAUUAUAGUUCGGAAAUUGUUUGUUGUGACCGUUAAGAGUGAAGUUCUGUUUAAUUAUUAUCUGCCGAUGUUUAAUUUAACUGUGCGCUAUUAUAUUCUAAUGGAUUAUUUAAUAUUACUUUAUUUGACAUAGGUUGUUUAUUUUCAAAGAAUGGUGGACUCUCUCCUUUUUUGGAGGUUUUUAAGCAGAGAUUUAAAAAUCUCCCUAAAUCUCUGUUUAGGGAAGCUUUUAAUGUUUAAUAGGUUAUUGUAUUUUAAUAUUCUGUUGGAAGCCGCUCAGAGUGGCUGGGGAAACCCAGCCAGAUGGGUGGGGUAUAAAUAAAUUAUUAUUGUUAUUAUUAUUAUUAUUAUUUGGCCCUCUGUCACGGAUGCUUUAGCUGAGAUUCCUGCCUUGCAGGGGGUUGGACUAGAUGACCCACAAAGGUCCCUUCCAAACCUACAGUUUUUGAUUCUACAAAGGUGAAAGUUGCAUUUAUGCUCAGUCCGCUUUUGCCUCUGUCCCUGCCCAGCUCUGGGUGUCCCUUCCAAUUCUACAAUUCUACAAUUUCACCCUCCCCACCACAACAACCCUGUGAGGUAGGAUAGGCAGAGAGACGGUGGCUGGCCCCCCAGGUCCCCCCCCCCACUAAGCUGCAUGUGGCUGAGCGGGGGAUUCGAACCCUGGUCUUCCAAGACUUAUGCUCUAACCACUGCACCACACUGCCUCUCAUUUGAUAAUGUUAAAUAAUAGCAGCAGAAAACAAUAAUAAUAGCAGCAGCAGCCGUCUUUUCAGGAAUUAGAGGAGGGGUCUUUAUUAGCUACAACCGAGAGAGAGACCUUCCAUUUGUUCUACUCUGCAGAAAGAAAACCUUUCCUCCUCCUCUUCCUCUUUGCCUCCCUUGCAGGCACCGGCCUCUCCCAACACGAAACCCAAAACCUCCUGUUCGGUUUCGACCCAAAGUGCUUCACCCGCAUGACUCCGACUGUGCUGCUCCUGGCCAGGCUGAGACCCCGAGCUGCUCCAAUCCUUCUUCCCUCCUCAUCUUUCCUCGCUGCCGACGGCAAGUUGGACGUGGUCCCUUACCUGAACCCCAGGUGAGACCCCUUCCCUCCCUGCCGAGGGCUGUGCUUGAUUUGCUCAAAGAGGAGGGCACUCUGUCCAUGCUCAGGAGACCUUGGCUGAUCUCCUUCCCUUGAAAACCAGCAUUUCUCUCCCUCCUUUCUCUGGCUGAGCACAUGAUGCACAUUCAAAGCGCAUGGGAACGGCAGGAGUUGGCGGGUUCCCUUUGGAAACUGCGAGAACAGGACGGGGGACAAGAUCCCUGAUCCAGAAGGAUCGUCCUUAUGGAACCUCCAGGUCCAGAGGCACUCUAUCUGGAUCCCUAUGUUCUAUGGGGUAUACCUGAAGGAGUGUCUCCACCUCCAUCAUUCUGCCCAGACACUGAGGUCCAGCGCCGAGGGCCUUCUGGCGGUUCCCUCCCUGUGAGAAGCAAAGCUACAGGGAACCAGGCAGAGGGACUUCUCGGUAGUGGCACCUGCCCUGUGGAUGUCAAAGAGAAAAACAACUACAGUGGUACCUCGGGUUAAGUACUUAAUUCGUUCCGGAGGUCCGUUCUUAACCUGAAACUGUUCUUAACCUGAAGCACCACUUUAGCUAAUGGGGCCUCCUGCUGCCGCCGCGCUGCCGGAGCAUGAUUUCUGUUCUCAUCCUGAAGCACUAUUUCUGGGUUAGUGGAGUCUUUAACCUGAAGCGUAUGUAACCCGAGGUACCACUGUACCAGACUUUUAGAAGACAUCUGAAGGCAGCCCUGUUUAGGGAAGCUUUUCUUUAUUUAUUUAUAAUUUUUUAUUAAAUUUUCCAACAUACAUUUAUAGUAUCCAAUCUAAAUUUAUCACAUAUUUUCUCUUUUAGACUUCCUUCAACCUCUCUGACAAUCAUCCAUUAUUCAAAUUUUUAAAUACGCAUUUCCUAAUUUUAUAUUGCAUUUUAUAAACCUUCACACACUUAGUUUUCAUCAAUACAAUAGUCCUCUAUCAUUUACAGAACUUCUUGAAAUCCCACUAGCGUUAUUUGCUCAUCACAUACCCAUUUCAGAUAGUCUGAAAAUUUUCCCCAGUCUUCAAUGAACUUUUGAUCUCGUAUAUAUCUGAUCUUUCCUGUUAGUUUGUCCAGUUCAGCAUACUCCAUCAGUUUCAUUCUCCAUUCUUCGAGCGUCGGCAGUUGUUCCUGUUUCCAUUUUUGGGCCAAUAAUAUUCUCGCUGCUGUUACUGCAUAUUGGAAAAGUUUACAGUCCAUUCUAUUUAUUUCAUUUCCUACUAUUCCUAGAAGAAAAGCCUCUGGUUUCUUAACAAACAUAUAUUUCAACAUCUUUUUCAUCUCAUUAUAUAUCAUUUCCCAGAAGCCCUUCACCUUCUUACAAUCACACCACAUAUGAUAAAAUGUUCCUUCUUUUUCUUUACAUUUCCAACACUUAUUACAGUGGUACCUCGCAAGACAAAUGCCUCGCAAGACGAAAAACUCGCAAGACGAAAGAGUUUUGCGGUUUUUGAGUUGCUUCUCAAGACGAAUUUCCCUAUGGGCUUGCUUGGCAAGACGAAAAACGAAAACGUCUUGCAAGUUUGUUUCCUUUUUCUUAAAACCGUUAAUACCCAGGGUGACUUCGAGGAGCAACUCAUAGCACGCGGUGUGGUAGCCUUUUUUGAGGUUUUUGAAGACUUUGGUGAUUUUGAAGACUUUGGGAAACCGUGCUUCGCAAGACGAAAAAUUCGCAAGACGAAAAAACUCGCAGAACGAAUUAAUUUCGUCUUGCGAGGCACCACUGUACAUGUUUUAUACAUUUUUGCCAGUUUCACAGGUGUGAUGUACCAUCUAUAAAUCAUUUUCAUAACAUUUUCCUUUAACGCAGUACAUGCCGUAAAUUUUAUAUUUUCAUUCCACAGUUUUAUCCAAUCAUUAAACUGUAUAUUAUAACCCAAAUCUCUGGCCCAGUGUAUCAUAACCGAUUUAACUUCCUCAUCUUUUGUAUACCAUUCUAGCAAGAUUUUAUACAUCUUGGACAAAAUUUUAUUUUCAUUGUUUAUUAUUUCUAUUUGAAAUUUCGAUUCUUUUACCUCAUAACCUCUUUCUUUUAAGUCCUGUUUAAACAUUUCAUUAACCUGAUAAUAAUGCAACCAUUUAAUGUUUAAUAGGUUAUUGUAUUUUAAUAUUCUGUUGGAAGCCGCCCAGAGUGGCUGGGGAAACCCAGUCAGAUGGGCGGGGUAUAAAUUAUUAUUAUUAUUAUUAUUAUUAUUAUUAUUAUUAGGCCACGGUGAAGCCAAUGGCCUAAUGCAGCCGUCCUUCUCUCCGCAGUGUACCCCCAACGUCUGCCACGGCCGAUGUGCAGCCCUCCCUGGCUCCCCAGGCGAACGCCACCUCCGCCCACCCAGCGCCCUCAAGCACUGGCCGUUUCCUCGCCGCUCUCUCCCAGUUCGUCAACAAGGUCCUCAGCCCUUCCGGAGAGCCCCUGCCGGCCCCUGGGCCGCAGCUGCGGCUGAACUUUGACACCAUGGAAGCCCUCCCUCACCGGGUGCUCAACCUCUCGGAGAAGGUGGCGCUGGAGCGGCUGGUGCAGUCUGAAGACCCCCUGGUGGUCUUGUUCCCCGAAAACAGCCAGGCCUUGAUGGAGAGCCACCUGGCGCACUGGGCGCUGGAGGGGAAACUGCUGCGGCAACUGCUGCAGAAAUUGCGGGAGGUGAUUCGGGAGCUGGCGGCCUCCCCGUCUUUCCGGGACCACGAGACCCUCUUCCACGGCCUCCUGGCGUUCUGCUACUACCCUCCCAGGGUCCCCGGUGGUGGCGAUCCCGAGGGAUCCGCAGAAGGAUCUCCCGGGCGGCGGAAGAUCCACAGCCUGCUGCUUCUCAAAGCCUUGCAGGCCCUGCGCGCCCGCUGGCGGGAGUCCCGGAAGGCGGCCCCCCGCGCCAACCGCAGCACCCCGGAGCGAGACGACUACUGCCGGCUGCGCAAGCUGCGGAUCGAGCUGGUGUCCACGGGGUACAUCAUCUUCCCCGAGUGGUACGACGCCAACAACUGCGCUGGGCCCUGCCGCUUCCCGCUCUCGUCCCGCGUCCCCGACUACUACUCCCACACGCUCUUCCUGCUGCGGGUGCAGGAGCAGGGCCUGCCCCUGGAGAGAGCCCCCUGCUGCGUCCCCGUCAGCUACUCCAGGAGCAUCAUCGUCACCUUCACCAACGACCAAGGCAUGAAGGUGAAGGCCUACCCCGACAUGGUGGCCGAGGAGUGCGGCUGUCGGUAG